GUUUAAUGGUGUACAUUCUCCCCACCACAGACUGACAUGGAUUUGAAGAAGAGUGUGGAGAAGGACAAUGCUGGCUCCUCGGCCUUUCCUUACCAGAGAUGCGCAUUACUUAUCUUCAUCUCCAUCUUCCUCUUACUUGGAGUAUUCAUAGGUCUUUUGAUUGCAUACUUGGUACAAGAGCAGCAUUAUUUCAUGGAGACUGUGGAAUUGAAAGGACUGCCGUAUGAUUCGGACCUCAAAGACGACUCUUCAGCUUUCUCUGAAGUGUUAUCAGCCACUCUGAAAAGCAAGAUUAAAGAUGUUUUCCUUGGAUCAUCCUUAGCCAGUCAUUUUGUGGAUUGUGACAUUGUUGCCUAUGGAAACAUCAAAGGAGAUGUGAUGGCGACGUUUAGACUGGUUUUCAGUGUGUCCAAAGCCCAGCAGUACUCCAACAACUACAUCCAGCAGCUCCUUAGAACAGGCUUGCAGACCAUGCUGAACGGAAAGCCUUUGGAGAUCCCCAAGUUUGGAAAGAUUCACACCAUCACACUUCUAGGGGCCAGUGGAAAGUCUUUUUUCAACAUUGGAGCAGAAACAGCCACCUGCCCACGGAACACAUUCACCUGUCUGAAUGGCGAGUGUGUAACGAAGCGGAACCCUGAGUGUGACUCGAUUCCUGAUUGUGCUGACGGUUCAGAUGAAGCUGAUUGCUCGUGCGGCAGUAGGCCAGCCAUGGGCAGCCGGGUGGUGGGUGGUGAGGAUGCCCGGCGUGGGGAGCUGCCCUGGCAGGUCAGCCUGAGGCUACAUGGCCGCCACACCUGUGGAGCCUCCAUCAUCAACAGCCGCUGGCUCGUCAGCGCUGCACACUGCUUCGAAAACGAGAAUGACCCUAAAUCCUGGACAGCACUGAUAGGAGCCAGCCUGGUGAGUGGCGAGGAGAAGGACGUUGUGACGGUGAACAUCAAAUCCCUCAUCGUGUCUCCGGAUUAUAAUCCCAUGACCACCAAUAACGACGUGACUGUGCUGGAGCUGGAGGAGCCCAUAGCCUUCAACCAGUACAUCCAGCCAGUCUGCCUGCCCUCUCCAGUACACAUCUUCAGCCCUGGUCAGAAAUGUAUGGUGUCAGGAUGGGGGGCUCUCAACAUGUUCAACAGUGAUAUUCCUCCGGUGCUCCAGAAGGCUGUGGUGAAGGUCAUUGACUCGAGGAUCUGCAACCGAUCAUCUGUAUACCAAGGAACUAUCACGCACAACAUGCUGUGUGCUGGAUUCCUGCAAGGAAAAGUAGACUCUUGUCAAGGCGACUCUGGUGGUCCCCUGGUGUGUGAGGAGUCUCCUGGCCGCUUCUUCCUGGCUGGCGUGGUCAGCUGGGGGGUGGGGUGUGCUCAAGUCAACAAGCCCGGUGUUUACUCCCGCGUCACCAGGCUACGCAACUGGAUCCUCCAGUACACCAACCCGGGACAGGUUCAGACAUCCACGGCCCAGUCAAAUGACACACCUGUCCUUGACCAUCUGCCCAAAACACCAACCCUCACUUUGACAGGAAGUGAGUGCAGUGGCGCAUUCAACUGUGGGUCUGGAAAGUGUGUCACCAAAAUAAAUCCAGAGUGUGACAGCAUCCCUGACUGCCCAAAUGGAUCGGAUGAAAGGAACUGUGAGUGUGGUCGUCGACCAGCAGAGAAGCUGCAGGAGAGGGCACCAUCAUCAUCAUCAGGUGCGGAGGUGUCAUCUUCAUCAGGGGCGGGGGCGGCCAAGAGGGGGGAGUGGCCCUGGGUGACCAGCCUGCAGUUCCAGCGCUCCCACCGCUGUGAGGCCACGCUCAUCCACAAUAAAUGGCUCCUCACUGCGGCACACUGUCUCAACAGGAAUCUGAGCCCAAAUGGUUGGUCAGUCAACCUUGGCUCUGUAUUUCACGCUGGGCUGGGGGCUCUACCAAUACCUGUGCAGAGGAUCAUCAUUCAUCCAGCCUACAACAGUAGCAGCAAGGCAUUUGACCUGGCUCUCACAGAGCUGUCCAUCCCAGCACCCAGGUCCUACACCAUACAGCCCGUCUGCCUACCCUCGCCUUUCCAUGUCUUCAAUGAGAACUCCGAGUGCUAUGUGACUGGGUGGGGAAGCGCAGCUGACAAAGUCAAACGUGACCGCCUGUUGCAGAAAGCCAGAGCCACCAUUAUUAACCAGACACAGUGCUUGGAGUCCUAUGCUCAAGGUCUGUCUGACAGAACUAUGUGUGCUACGGCCAUGCCAGGGGACGGGGAUGUGUGUCUGGGAGGCCAAGGUGGACCUCUGACGUGUCGGGAGCACCAGGGCCGCUGGUUUGUGGCCGGGGUGGCCAGCUGGGGAGAGGGCUGUGGCGGCACCCCCAGCGUCUUCAUCCGGGUCACUGCCAUCAGGGAGUGGAUAUCCCAAUACCUUCCGUUUUAAAGCACAUGGAAUCUGCUGUAGGAAGUUCUCAUUGUGUGAAUUUGCGCUGACCAGUAUGAAACAAGUGUUUCUGCAUGCAUGUGAUGUAUUUGUUCAUCAAAUCUUCAAGUUUCCUUUUUUCAGACAUGUACAUGUUUUUAUCCUUUACUUGACAUGUUUUAUCUGAUGUUGUGGAUAAAGAUAAAAACUUACAUGUCUGAAACAAAAGAAACUUGAAGAGUUUAUAUAAUUCAAGACAUAAUGAAUGUCAUGCAUCUAUUGACAUUUGUUCAUGCUGUAAAAAGAAAGAAAAACACCUUUUAUUUAUUCUUUUUCCACAACGUUUAAAAGGUCAAUUUCCUAAAAACUAUCCAGUUUAACAAAUCUGUGGUGAUAACAUAUUGCAUUUGGUACUUUGGAAGCAGGAAAGUUAAGAUUUUUGUGGUGCUCAUAGUUUGUUUACAUGUAGGUAUUACAACCUAGUAAUUAAGUGAAGAAUGUUUGUCCUAUGAAUGUAUUAUUUAUUAAACUAUGAUAUUCACCGUUACAUCUUGUUUUUCAGACCAUUUCUUUUAUAAUAUUUCUCUCGCACACUAAGCCAGACAGGCCAUGGACCCAAAGAGACUUGUGUAAAUAUAUUUUAUUUUGCCUAUUACUCCACAACUCUCAAGUAAUCAUGUUCACAUACAGUCUCAUACAACAGUUUAAUAUACAGAUGCACAUCUCCUUGCUUCACAUUUCAGUCUUUACAUUGGACCAGGUCCUCUCAGUGGUCACGUCUUUACAACUCAAAGCCAAGUUCUGUUCCCACAAUGUCAGAGAUGAGAGGAGGGAGGUAAGGGGAGGUUCCCAGAAAUCUGGCUCGCCCAUAGACAAAGACAGCCAGUUUUUCAAACAGACUCGCUAAUGUUGCCAGCCAGAUACAGUGACAGAAAAAGAGGGAACACGUCUGACAAUUAGAGUUUGUUCUGCAGCGGCCGGUAUCAGAGUGUCGGCUUGUUCACCAAACACAGUUAUGAAACAAAGUUGUCCCUAAAUACUGUACUUAAAGGGAGCCACUUUCUGAGUGUAAGAGGGUGUGGUAAGCUUUGUCAAGUACCAUUGUGACUUGGAGACUAGAGUUGUGGCUGCAAACACAAGUCAACAACAAAACUAGAGCAAACAUUUUCUAGAACAGCAAGAUACUUCAAGUCUGUGCAUUUCCUGGAUCCAUGUGAUGUCAGGUGAACGCCCCUUUAGGAGACCUUCGCUCAGGGGGCCUUUGGAGACUUUAGGUUGAGAAUGAAUGGAGUUCCCUUGGCACUCCAGACGGCGGUAGCGCACAUCUCAUGCGAGCCGUCACCAAAUGCCACAGACAGAGAAAAAGGAGGAGGAGGGGACAAAGCCCCCUUAGGAGACCAAACUUGAGCACACUCCAUUGCAUUGGAUGGGCGAAGUUUGAAUGAUCUUACUCUACUAGAAGAUGUUUGACUAGAGGAGCAGGCACAUUGAGGACUGGAGAAGUCAGGCAGAUGCAUAAAGACCAAGCAGAUUCUUU